AUGGGAGAGGGUGAUGUUCUUGACGGUGUGUGCUUAAAAGGAAUGAAGAUUGGGUGUUCAAGUGGCCGUAUUUCACGGAAUCGAGAGCGAGAUUUGGGUGAUGGAAGAGCAUGGGGCGGCGGAGUCAUGGGUGAGGCUGUUGACGAUAGGGAGGUCGAUGGGAGAAUGUUGAGGGCUUUGGGAUUCAAAGGGUAUGGCGAUAUAUUGUUCGAAUUGGCGCUGGCGGUGGGCCGUGGCGGCGGAGAAGCAGAAUGUCGAAGAAGUGAAGAUGGCGGCGGAUAG